UAUCUUGCUGACCGAAGUCGGUAACGAAUAACGUCUGCAUUUUUAAAGGUGGUAUGAUAUUUUUUAACGAGAAAGGCCUGCUGAAAACAAGCAUAAUGCUAUGAAAAGGGGGUUCUCAUACUGGAGGGACUGCAGGAAGUGAGAUUCCAGCUCUUUCUAUUCAUGCAAUUCGUGAUUGAACGGGGCGGAGAAUCUCUCUCGUUGUGAUUACGUACGUUCAUGACGAUCAGCUGUUGUGACCUUCGUUCGACUUUCGUCGUCGCUGAGUUUGGGCAAGGCUUGCUUCACGGCUUGUGACCCGGCCGGGGUGUAGGGAUGGCUUACCAGCAGUCCCCAAGCAAACGGCCCGCUUCCUCGUCUCGGGCUGGCGGGGUUUCGGUGAGAGCUCAGCCCGUUAGUGACAAGUCCUACAUGGCCAAAGUUGUGGACUUUCUUCAGGACGCUUACAGUGGCAACAAGGCAGAAGACAAAGACAAAAUUCUAUGGGUCAAAUUUGAGCAGUGUUCCUCUAAAGGACAGGUAUUAAAUCCUCAUUACAUCAAUCAAGAAGGAUCAGAAGAGCCGAUAUUCCUUGUCAUUGGUUACGCCAAUGGUGUCCAGAUAUGGAGCUUGCCGCCAAGUGGUGAAGCUCAAGAAGUUUUAUCUCUACGUCAGGGACCAGUCCGGAUUCUACGCAUCUUGCCAACACCUUACACCAGUGGGAUUAGGAAUCAUCAGCAGGAUAAGAGACCUCUGGUGGCGCUGUGUGACGGAGCAAGUUCUAGCCAGCCAUUCUGUUCAGUGAGUCUACUGUCUCUGAAGACUGGAGAACAAGUUCAUAACAUUGCGUUCAAGACGCCAGUGUGUGAUGUACUAUGUAAUAGAAGACUCAUCGUUGUAGCAUUACAAGAGAAAGUUGCAGCAUUCGACGCUGUCUCCUUCAAGAGUCGGUUCUGCAUCACCAGCUGCUUCCCUGCUAGCUCUCCUAACCUCAACCCUCUCGCUCUAGGCUCAAGAUGGCUUGCCUAUGCAGAUAGAAAGCUGGUACCAAGUCAUCAGAGUGGUGGGGGCGUGUGUCGAGAGGCAGGACAAUCAUAUAAGGCCACAGUCAUCCACGCUGCUAAGGCGAUUACCAAAGGAGUCAAAGCAUUCAGUGAGUCCAUUGUCAAGCUAGCAACCUCCAAGCGGUCUACAUCCCCUCCUAGGCAGGAAAGCUCCGUUGAUAAAGUCAACACCACACCCCUGAACACUAAGAAUGGUAUCCCAGGGAUUGUGACCGUCAUUGACACGCUGUCUGUAGAAGGAGAGUUCAACGUGACCGAGGAUUCCAGUGGGGACGGUAUAGUGGCCCACUUCCAGGCCCACAUCAACGAGUCCAUAUCAGCAUUGGCCUUUGACCCCAGUGGAUCCUUGCUCUUCACAGCGGGGUCGCAAGGUCACAGCUUUCAUAUAUUCCAAUUGAUGAACCAUCCGUGUUCCUCUGGACUAGGGGCCGUGCUCCAUCUCUACGUCUUGUAUACAGGUGAUACAGCUGCAAAGGUUCAAGAUGUUUCAAUAACCAACGAUAGCUGGUGGGUUGCUGUUAGUACAACGAGAGAAACUACGCAUGUAUUUCCCAUAAUGCCAUAUGGAGGUUUCCACUCCCCAGAGCCGAACUCCACCCUCAAUCAAACCAGUACCCUCAACAAUUCCAGCCUGAAUAACCCACGCCUUCCCCCGUACCCCCCGCCAGUCACCGUAGUCCCACUCGCCCAGAUAAAACAGCCAGCAAUCCUUGCUUCGAACGCUUCACGCCCGAGGAGUGCUUGCUCGCAGACCACCCCCGUUAGCGAUUACGUCUGCCUCAGUAUGUUCUUUGGGAGCUCCAGAGGGCACUUUGUCACCAGCUCAAAGGGGACCAGGGAAAAGAAUGAUGUCACUAAGCAAACGGCAGUUGAUUCACUGUUCAUCAUUGAUUUGCAUGGAAACCUAGCAGAAUUCGUUAUUGAACCCAAGAUGGUGCAGUCGGGCAACAAGAAGACCGAGGAGAUCUGGCUAAAGCUUGGGGUCACGCAGCAUGCCCAGUGGAACGUACAGAGAGGUAUGAAUUGGGCUGAGCACAGACCCCCUCUAGGUGGAUUCAAUCAUCUCUUAUUAACCAAUGAAGCCCAUCAUUGUGCAGCUGAUAGUUCAGGAUAUUUGCUCAAUUCAGUUCCGAGAAGUGAGUCAUCCGACAGUUUACGUUCCGGUCACAGCAGUCCAGACAGUGACUUUGAUGAACCAUGGUUAUCUCAGGUGGAGAUGGUGACCCAUGCCGGCCCUCAUAGACGCCUGUUGAUGGGUCCUCAGUUUAAUUUCAAGACAGUACCCCAGCCCAGCAGUACCACUGUACUAUCCUCAACCUCCUCUGCCUUACUCUCUGAUGGGAUGGAGACCAAUCGCACAGCGAUGGACAUGACUCAAGACGACGUCGAUCUGAGAUCAUUAAGACUGGAAAUCAUGAAAGAGCAAGAAAGGAGAAUGUUCAGCUGCCCUGAAUGCCCCAAUACGUUCCAGCACAAGAUCAGCCUCAUGAGACAUAGACAAGUGGACCAUGGCAUAGAGUUGUAUGUUUGGUGCGAAGGGUGCGACUUCAGAAGUGCAAGGAAAGACAACCUAAGAAGGCCCUAUCGCCAGAACCACAAGGAACACAUCCACGAGGUAGAUGUGGUGCCCCUUGAGACAGAGAGAGAACGGGCACAGAGGCGACGCUUGGACGGUGGGGAGGAGACAAAGGAGACAAGAAGAGUGAUGGUGAGCAGGGGCCUGGAGAAAGCGGAAACAUGGGCGAAGGCACGGGAUACCAUCAAGGAGAACCAGGCCACCAGCAAGCAACAACGGGGCGAGAAGCGUCCACGGGGAAACACGGAUGAGCAGCAGACACCCAAGUGCAAGAUUGGUAAAGGUGAUGGAGGCGCCACUCGAGGUCCUCUUGACCUAUCGGUGCCUCGACCGGAGGUAUCCCUAUCACCAGCCUCAGUGUCUCUGCUGGACGAGGACGUACCAGCCCCCGUACUUGAGCCACUACGAGGAAAGCCCAGUGGGAGUAGAGGAGAUGACGCGAAGGAGGAUAGCAGUGAGGAUGAGGAGGGAGUACUGCCACCAGAGGAGCCAGCCGAGGCAAGGGCCGUGAACAACGAGGGAGCAGCAGAGCACAGGGAGGACCUGCAACCCAUCCCUCAGGUGCCUCUUGCUGAAAUCCUCAGAGGCAGAGUGAGCCGCGUGUCUGAGGUUUCUUCCACAUUUGACUACCAAGAGGGGGUGAAGGUUCGCGAGUAUCAGUUGCUCAGGGUUUACGACGUGCGGUUCGACUAGGACUUCCGUAGGAAGUAGUUUUGAUGAGAGGCGCAUGUAUAAAGAGGCGCCAGAGGAGUUGAUGACCCUGUUGAAGUUGAAUAAAGUUAUUGGUUUUCAAUAAGUUGCUUGGAUUCUUAGGUCUUUAUGAACGGGGGCGUUCAUGCUAAGAAGGAGGCUUUGUGACGUAACUUACCCAACGAAUGAGGGCACACUCCUAGCUGCGGGCUAUAAAAGCCAUGAGCGCAACAGUCGGGUCUCUCAGUCUCCCACUCAGUCAGUUCGUCGUAUAGUUGGUGUAUUCAGCACGUGCAAGGAGUAUAAUUAGGUAGGCACGGGCGGGGCAGACGGCAUGCUGCACAGUGGGUGAAGUAGGUAGCGCGACGGAACGGAGCCGGGGAGCACGCAUCGAUGCACCGGCCGCCUCUACGAGGGAGAUCCGAGGACUCAGAGCCGUAGAGGGCGGGCAUCUAGGGAGGCGCACUAUCACGCAAUUGAGGCGUACGGCACGACGGACACCCGGAGGCUAAGCCCAGCCAGGCAUUACCCCACCGGCAGCAUUGCCUCUCAUUGACGAACAGGAGGCUAAUGUGAUUAUAGGGAUUACAUUAAUAAUUAGGGAGGCUAAUCAAUAUGGGUCCAGUUAAUACAAGAGUGAUUACACAAUAAA